AUGUUGUCUUUUACGGAAAAGAGAACAUCCUCAGCUAAGCUAGCAGAGUGGAGUCCGUCAGACUGGCCAGAAUCUCUACGAGAAAUGAGGGUAUCUUAUUACAAAUAUCUGUCUCAACAUCGAAAAAAAGCUAGUUUGUUCCAUUUGUGUGAUUUUUUCAAAUUCUUAUUUUUCAGACGAUCGACAAUCUGCUGCGAUGUUCUAUUUGCUACGAAUUUUUUGACGUCGCAUUGAUAACUCCAGAAUGCUCCCACAACUGUAGGUUGAAUUUUACUUACCUCGAAGUAUUGAAAAAUUAAUUAAAUCUGUGAAAGUUGUAUACAUGUACAUUCGAGAGAAACGUUGAGAGGGGGACUCGGCCUUUCCUUGUGUGGGUGACAAUUUUAAGCUGAAGGAUAGGACGUGGCAACUUAAACAUCUGUAGCAUUCAUACCAUAGUUAUAAGGAGAAAUAUCCCGCUUCAUUCUCUUUUCAGAUUGCUCACUUUGCAUCAGGAGAUCCCUCAGUUAUGACACAAAGUGCCCCACUUGUUCCUUGGUGAGUAUUGUUAUGCUUUUACAUGACACAUUUCUGUCAGUUUUGCGCUGAUAAUGGUAUAUGAAGCAUAGCUAUGGACGAUGUACAUGUAUGACAUCUUGUUAACAUGUUUGACAAAAUUAGAUGAACAUGUAACCAUCUAUAAUUGAGAUGACAGUAUAUAAGUUUAAGUACUGGUUUGAUGUCUCUCCAAAUUUUCUGUAAAGCUUUUAGAGUAAUAUAUCAUUAUGGUGAUUAUUAAGGAUAUUUCAUAUCUUAACCAUGUCAUUCCCAGUGAAUACAGAGUAUGCACUUCUUAUACAUGGAUAUUAAUUGUUAUUAUGGACAGAUGCAUGGCUGGUUCAAUUUACAUCUUGAAACAUUUCCCCUUUUGUUGUGUAUUUAUUCAGUGGAGACACUCACUCUUCAAUUGCUUUCUAUAUGCUGUCUUUAUUCAUCUAUUAAGUUGCUAGAAUUAUGGGAAAAGUUUCUGCACAGCCCCAUACUAUUGUAAAACAAAUCUGUUUUCCCAAUGGAAAUGUAUUGUUUUUGUCAUUAUUUUCUCUAGUCAAGAACUGAAUGCAUAAUGUAGUGUGGGGCUGUGCGGAAAUUUUACAGAAUUAUGUUACCUGAUUACAGUACUUUCACAUUGUUUAGUGGUCCUAUGUAGUAAUAUUACUAGUAUUGGUACAAGUACUUUUACAAUGUUCUCAAUACAUGACAUCUUUUCUUUCAGAAAGUCACUCCUCUUAGUUUGAAAAAUAAUAGGGUAUUGGAUGAAUUAGUCAAAAAUUUCAUCAAAGUCAGGUAUGUAACCUAACCUCUCUAAGGUUGGUGGUUCAUUCAGUCAAUCACUAAGUCUGUCAGUCAGUUAACCAGUCAGUCAAUCAUUUAGUGAGUCAAUAAGGCAGUUUAUUGGUCUGUCAGUCAGUCAGUCUGAGACAGUCAUUCAGUCUACCUCUUUGGCAAUCACUCAACAAGCAAGUCAGUCAAUUAGUAGGUCAGGCAGUUUGUUAGUCUUAUGAUCUGUCUGUCAAUCACGUAGUCUCUGUCUGUAAGUCAUUCAGUAAAUCAGUCAAUAUUAGUGAGCUACACAGUCUGUCAGUUAUUCAGUUAGUCAAUUUGUCUGUAAGUCUGUGUCUUUUUCUGUCUGUCAGUCUUUCAGUCUGUUUAUCUGUCAAUUAGUGUGUCUGUUGUUUGGUCCGUCAGUCAUUCAGUCUGUAUGUUAAUUUAUCUUUUUGUCUGUCUGUCUGUCUGUCAGUAAUUCAGUCAGUUUGCCAGUCAUUCAGUCUGUAUGUCAGUCACUUGGUCUGUCAGUCAGUCAGUCAGUCUGACUAUUUGUCUGUCUUUGUUGGUGACUGACUGUAUGUAGGGUAUUUUGUUUACAGUAAGCAAGAAAUCUCAAAGAGAUGGCAUACAGACUAUAUACAUGCAUGGACAAAAAGAGUACAGUAAAUUUGCAAAACUACAGUUGCCCUAAGUACCCUUAUGAUCAUUUCAUUAUAUUGCUAGAAAUGAUCAUCUUAGUUGUAAUCUUAUAUUUAUUCCGUAUUUGUUGCAGAACAAAACUCCUAGAGCUAACAACAAAUACAGUGCAGGUCGCAAGUUUACAGUCUGGAGACAAAAAGGGUGGUGAAGCAAAAAAUGAAAAAAGCAUCAACAUCUCUAAAAAAAACACAAAAAGGAGAAAGGUAUUCUUUGUUGUCAAAUUUUUUGAUGAACAGAUUCUUAGUUAACAAGUGCUUCAUGUGACUAUCAAGAAACAAAGAUGAGUCCCUGACAAGAAAUUGAGCCCCUGCAGACUUUCCUUCUUCAACUAUUUCCUUGAAAGAUUAAAUAUUAAGAACUUUGGUCUUUUUCGAGUAGUUUGCAUAAGGUAGUUUAAAAUGCAUGUCAGUAGUAGUUUAUAUUCUUUGACUAAUUUAAAGCGUUUUAUCUUAAAUGCUCAGUCAAGUUCUCAAAACAAUACAACCUCUACAAGUCCAGACACAAAGAGACAGAAACUUGAUGCAGAGAAUGAACAAGACUUGAUUCUGGUUGAAGUAGCUGAAAAUGAUAAGGAGGAAAACUCAAGCAGACAAUCAACCCCAGAGGUUGCAGUCAUUGAAAUGGAAAAACAAGUGCAAGAACCACAGCCAUCAGAACCACAGUCAUCAGAACCACAAUCAUCAGAACCACAGCCAUCAGAAUCACAGCCAUCAGAGCCACAGCCAGUUAGCAUCAGUGAACAUAGAUCUGAUGAAAGAAAACCAUCACAGCCACAAGAUCCAGAGUUAGGUCAGUAGGAGGAAGAGGUUCUUAGCUGGAAGGCCUAUCUUACAGUAGCUUAUUCUUGUUUCAGUAGCAUAACAGUACCGAGAAUCUCAAGUACCUCAAGUUUUUCUAUGUUUUUGGCAAAAUUGGUUAUGGGUCUGUUGGUGUUGUUAAGAGUUGUCCUGAUAAUGACUGUGGUUGGUUAUUCUUAGGACUGCUCUCAUCUGGAUGAUCAGAUAACAUGAUCAAAUUUUAUUUUCAGGCUGAAAAUUUUACAUGUACCGUGUGUUUUUGGUAAAUACUUCAGUCAUGCUUAUGAAGAUAUAAUUUUCUUUUGUUUAUCAGCUGAGUGUCCAGUUUGUGGUGACAUGAUCCUGCACAGGAAAAUUAAUUCUCAUCUUGAUGCUUGCCUUAACAGAACAGAAAAGAAAAGUUCUUUACGAAUGUAUGUUAAAAAAUCUAUGUCUAUGUGUGUUCAUAAUUAUAAGGAAAUAGUUUAGAAACUUAAAAACUGAAACUUAACUUAUACUCAUGAAUAGUGUCGGUGACAUCAAUAGACUUGUAAGUAUUUUAAUAACUAAUCUACAUUGGUGAUACCAUUUUCCACUAAAAAGCAGGAAAAAAUCAAGUGAACCCUCAACUAGUAAAUCAAGCAAGCGCAGGAGUCCAGUUGAUGUAGGGCUGCAAGAUUCAACUGCUUGUUCAAGUAGUGAACCAGGAUCAUCUACAACAGAGCAAGAAGUUUCCUUCGCAGCAGUAUCAUCCAACAUGACAAUUAAAGGCUCUAAUGCUUUGAUGUAAGUCAAUGGUUCAAAUAUAAAACAAAACAAAAUGGAAAAAUGAUCCACAAAGAAUAACUGGAGGCUUAUUCUUUGUUGACUGUUUUGUUGUCUCUUUGCCAACAUGUUGUGAGUCAGCUUAGGUUUGCAAUCCCACUGACACUACCCCCCUCCCAAUCCCAAUCCUCCCCUCCUCCCCCCCUUCAUUCUUUAUCCAGUAAAAUGUGUUCUCUCUUUGAGGGCAAAUACUGUUACACACAUACACCUGGUUGACACUCAAUUUUUUUGGCACUAAAAGCAAUUAAUUUGUUUGUAGUAUUUUGUUUUUAAUUUUUUUAUGAUUAUUUUUUUGAUCUCUGAUUUCUCUCUAGCCGAAUGAUUCAGAGAAGAAAGCCUCUUCCAAAACUUGUAUACAAUGUCAUGUCAGACAAGGAAUUACUAAAAAGAUUAAAAGAAUGGAAUUUAUCAACAAAGGGAAAUCGAACAGUAAGUAAUAGGGGGCUACAUGUUGGUAACACAAUAAUAUGAAUUUCAGCAUUGACCAGCUGAUCACAGAGAGAGUUCACCAAUAGAUCAAGAUCAAAGAAAUUAUUUAACCCUUUUGCCUUUUAACUCCCAGAAGUGAUUAAAACGCAACUUCUCCCUAUAAUACCCAUACAUUAUCCAGCAAACAGGUAAUGAGAAUACUCAAACUUAUCAGGUAGAAGUUAUCUUAACCUAACCUUGAAUUUACAAGGAAAUGCAUAGCAGUUAAAUAAAGAGGGGAGAAUUAAUAAUUAGAUCUUUGGAGCUAAAGGGUUAACAACUCAAGUUUCAUGAGUCUUUCAUUGCAUGUGCUUCUUCUAUUCACACUGAAUAAAUGUGAAGAAAAUUAUGACAGUUAUGUUUAAUUAAUAUUGAUCUUGUGUUGUUGUUAUAUCUGAAGUAUGACCCUAAAAACACAACAUUCCAGUUGUAUCAGGCAAGUUUUGCAACAAGCAUUGUCCUCAGGAUCUCAUAACAUUUCAAAAGUUUUUGUCUUGUUCAUGGUAGCAUAAGCUGCUCAUUACAUGGACACCUAAUUAAUGUUUAUUUUAGAGUCCCCUGUGAAUUUGAUUGAUUUUUUUGUACUUUUUUUUAUUACUUUUUCAGACACUUAUCAAAAGACAUCAAGAAUUUGUAAUGCUUUACAAUUCACAGUGUGAUUCAGAAAAGCCCAUGACAGGUAACCAAUAAAUUACCUCCUUCAUCAUACGGGCACAUAAAUUAUUUAAAUUAUUCUUCAUCUGACAGUCCUCGAUGAAAAGUUUAUGUGCAAGAAUUAUCACUAAUUAUUAACACUUUCCUUUAUUAUCCAAUGACAUAUUAUGGAUUUCAAUGAGGAGUAACUUCAUAAGUCCUCAAUACUGAUAAGGUAAUAACAAUUUCCCACACAGCUGCACAAAUUGUAAGGGAAGUGGAAAAAGCUGAGCUAACAAAGGAGAGAGAGGCAGCAUCUGUAGCUGAAGCUCCCACAUCUGUAUGUAAAUAAAUUGUUUGAAAAUGAUUUAAUGCAAAUGUAUUAUUUACUUUUGUUCAGUGAAUGGUUUUUAGGUGAUGAAAACAUUCCACAGUUUGUAUGGGUUAAGAAAGCUGGGAAUUUCUUGUGUGGAUUAUGGAAAGCCAUGGAAAAUGACAAAAAAUGAUUAGUUUGUGAACAAAAAAGCUAUAAAUACUUUAGUAAUAGUAUGAUUAGUGUUUCCAUGUAAUUCUUUAAGAGUUUUUGCAGUUCUCUGAGAAGGAACAGCUUAGUAUAGUUUUCCAUAGUGUUACACACAUUUUUAUAAGCAUGGACCUACAUGUGCAGUGUACAUGCAUUUUUGAGUGAUGUGAAAUUGAAAAUGUUUUAAACAUAAAUUCUAGAAAUCCUUUGCCUUUAAUUUUUUCAUUAGUGAAUGACCUGGUCAAUGUAGUUGUUCUAACUUCCUUUUCUACAUUAUUUUGGUUCCAAAGCAUGGUGUUCAUUUUACAAAAGAUCAAAGCGAGGAAGAGAUGGACCAAAUUCGUCAGGAAUACUGUAAGUUGUCAGCCUUCACUUGAAUUAAGUUUUACUUGACUGUUUGAAGUUAGUGGUUGCAGUGUAAAUCAGUCAGCCAAUAUGUAUUGGGUUUAUUGAGACAGAGUUUUAUCUUGGUUGGGAAGCUGUGUCAUCACUGUUGAUGUAGCACAGGGUUCCCACAUUUAAUAUUGUGACCUGUUGUCUUGUUUCAACCAUAAUGUUUAGUUGUUUUUUCAGCAUCAAUUUCUCACUCUUUUUCCAUGCAAGUAAUUACUGAAAAAAUUGUAUCAUGAUCAUUGUUAUCUGAACAUCUUUACUUUUUUGUCAGUGAAUCAACAUAAAAAUGAGUUUGAAAAGCUGAUAGCUGAUAUGCAAAAGAGAAAGAAAGGGCAAAAAAAUAAAUCUGCCAAAAAGACUCCAGGUUAGUGGAAGAGCUGCUUUUAGUAGUGUUAGUGUAAAUUUGCUGCUGGUGCUGAAAUUUUGGGUUUUUAGGCUGAGCUAAGUACUGAUAUUUUAACUUUUUUUUUUCACAGGAAGUGAAAGUUUGGAGGUGUUAAAGACUGACCCCACUGAUGAAGACGUGGACAAGAUAGACCAAGAUAAAAGUGACACUUAUGAGCAGGAAAUCAUGGAAAGCAGAAAGAUAUCACAAUCAAGUGAUCAAACAUAUCCACCUUUCUUUAGGAAAAGCACUGCUGCUUCAGGUUUAUCAAAAGAUGACAACAGCAGGACUUCAUCAGUCAUCCCAGAGCCGCCAUCUUCUCCAAGUCUGGUGUCCUUGGAGGAGGAUGAGUCGGGUACACCAUCACUAGGCUUAGAGGAUGAUGAUUGGGUAAGUUGUCAUUUUGAUUGAUCAAUGCAAUUGUGUAAUACUUAAAUUAUUGUUUUGACAAAAUUGUUCCAGAGAGAGGGAGAGAGAAAUACAAGAACACGACACUAUGGGGAAACUUUGAUUAAAGAACCCCCAUGUUUCAGAGCUCAACAUUUUUUUAAAUUAAUUUGCCAUGCGUCAACUCAAAAUCACAAGGUCACUGAAAAUAGGAAAAUCAAAAGAAAUCAGAAUAAGCUUCCUAUAGUUGACUAUUGCCUGAUAAAAUGUAAUGCUGACCACAAAAAUCGCCCCUGAAACAAAGAAUAUUAGUUAAGGUUGACGCGAGAAUUUAACGCAUGAUACUUGGACUACCAAAAAAUUUUUCCUCCCAUUUUUCUAGGUUUUUUUUUGCCUGAAAAAUUUUGAGUUAAAAAAGGUUGUACUUGAAAAAAAUUUCUUAUGCUUUAAGGGGGUCAACAAAUUUUUUUUUAAUGACUGAACCUGAACCUGUUGCAGAAUGAAAACAGAAAUAAGAUAAAACUUGAUACAUGUGUGAUGAUAGGUUUGCUUGUUUUGCCUCAAAAGGACCUUAAAGAUGAAGAAUCAGAGGAUCCCAGUGUUAUUCCAGAAAGGUAUCUUAUAAUUAUUACACAUGUACUGUAGGUUUCAUUGUUGAUUUCACACUCUUUGCUUACCCCUUUGACCUUUGACCUUUAUGUGACUAACAUCUAAUUUCUCCUUACAACUUCAUCCCUGAAUCUGAUGUUAAGGUCAUGAGAAAAACAGAAAUGAUCACCAGCUAAAAAAGCUCUUGAUUGUUAAACAAAUUCUCCUCAUCAGCACCUCAGGAAAUGUUUACAGUAGAGUAUGGAGAAUAUGCAAAAUGAUCUGAGAGUGUUAAAGGUUAACUGCUUUAUCUCAUGGUUCCCAUUGCAGCCCAGUGAUAAAAGUUGGUUCAAAAACAGCAGAUGAAAGAACAGACAAGGAUACCGACAGUGAUGAGGAGUGUCGACAGACAUUUUUUAAGAAUAAAAAGGUCAAAUCUAACCUGUUUUAAUGUAGGUUUUGCCCUAUAGUGCAAAAUUUUAAUUCUUGUAAUCAUUAACCUCCUAACCUCUUUGAUCAGGAAGGUAACUCUCUCAACUGAUAUCGUCGGCAAGUGAGGAGAGAUGUUACAUGUAUAUACUUAAAAGUUAUUUUACAAUUAAUUAUAUUCCUAAUUCUCAUCACCCCUUUUUUUUUUUUGAAACUACAUCAGUGCAAGGAGAAUGAAGUACAAAUUAAGCUACAAAUUGUUUUAAAUAUGAAAAUCUUGAAAUUCAUUGUAGAAGAUUUUGAAGUCUAUAUCAAUUCAAUUGUGAGAAACUGUAUUUAAAGACUAGGUGUGUCUUGAAUACUUUCAUCAAAAAUAUCCUUACCCAUUCAGCCGUGUCCAAAUUUCAAAAUAUCAGUUUGCAAAGUUAAAUUAUAAUUAGUUCAAAAAGUUUAAAUUGCUAUUCAAAAUUCAUGUACUGAUUGUAAAGCUCAUUCAGUGAUGUAGAAUACAUUUUAUAUUCCUCAAAGAAGCAGUUAAAAUUGAUCUCUAUGAGCAGGAUAAGAUGGGUCAAAGUAAAAACUUGAUUUAAUUUUGAAAAAUCUGUUAAUUUCUGACACAGUGAAGAGCUGUAUAGCAUUACUAUACUAUUACCCUAGCCUUUGUAAAUAACUGAAGAAAUAUAUAAUUCUGAAAUAUUUUUUAAUAAUAAUAGUGUGAUAAAUGAGGCACAGGUUACUACUAUUGGUAAGAAAUUUAGUCUAAUGUAGAAUAUUAUUUUUCCUGUAAAGCAACAGGUCAAAUACUGAAUUCCGACCCAAUGUAUAAAGCAAUAGGUGUGAAAGAGCAAUGAAAGGCUCUAAGAAAAGCAUUGUGGACUACAUUCUUUUCAGUCUUCUUUGUAAUACUUUGUUUUUGCUUUUUCAUCAUAGUGUGUCCAAGAACACUACCCCUCUCACAGUCCUUCUGUAUGUACACACCAAGACACUUCAACUACAAGCAGUCCUUCAUUUUAGCAAAGUCC